CCAGGCGUUAUUUGAACUGUAAACAAUAUGGUUGCCACCGUUCAAAGUUGCCGAUGUAUCAAAGAACUUUAAUUGCCCUCACCAACUAUGGGUCCAUAAAUUCAUGUUACAGAAGGUGAAAGGUGCGUGAAGUGUUUAGGAGCUGAGGCAUUUUUUACUUAAUUUCAAAAUGGAUGCGGAUAAAGAUGCUGCGCACCUUGCAGCCAAAUUGUCGACUUUUUUGGAACAGCAACUUCAAGGGUUUGAGAAGAAGACGAAGAUAUCAAGACAGAAGAAAUCAAGAAGUGCACCCAUCCUCGGCCACAUAGACCCACUCCCUAAACCAAAGGCAGAUAGGGCACGGCCCAUAAAGCCACACGAGAAUUCCCCUUUCCUUGGAAUCAACCUUCUUCCACCAGAGAAACAAGCUGCAGAAGCAGAGCCAUCCCAGCUUAGACAGAAAAGUAACAGGUUAAAUGUCCCUCUAAGUCGUCCUGGGUCAACGACAACUCGAGCCACUAGAGCCUCUCAGACAGGAAGAGUGACUUCUGCAGCAUCCACCAGACGAGCACCCUCCAGGCAAUCCAGGGCAGCAGCCUAUGGAAGUGUGGCUGGAGAUUUCAUUAAGUUUCCUAAUGCAGUGCCCUUCCACAAGUCCCCUGUGGUUACAGUGCACCCUAAAGCCAACAAACACAUCAAAUCUCCCUUCAAGCAGAAUGCAAAUACUAUUGAAUUAGAAGUGAGCAAUGUAGCUCCUGGACAAGAUCUCAAGGAGAAGACAGCUUUAGCAACUUACCACGUGAGCCGAGUCCUGGCACAGCAACCUGUCAAACAGGAGACCAAGCACUUUGGGAGACUGAGGAAGGGAAAGUUGAAACCUUUGUUGGAGCCAGUAGUGUUAGAUGGUCCUUCCAUAGAACAAUGCAGGGGCAUAGUGGCAGAUGCUCACUGUUACAUGGCAAGUCCCAGUAAGUCCUCUCUGAGAAGAGAACAGCUCCUGAAUUCCCUCACCAAGGAUUACAUAAGAGAACGCCCCAGGACAGCAGAGUCCAUGCACCACACCUCAGAGGCAUCUGACACUGAGGACAGGCAGAGAGAACUCGAGGAGGACUAUGAUGACUUUGAGGAGGAAGAACCAGAAGAUGAAGACUAUGUUGAUUAUGAUGUUGAACUAGAUGAGAAUGUGGUGCCACCAAAUGGAUACAAUGUUGAUAUGUCUCAUAUACCAGGUGCUGAAAUGUCAGAAGAAAAUCUUAUGACAGCAGAACAAGAAAAAGAAUCAGACAUCAACAAUCUUCACCAAAUAAAGGAAAGCCCAGAACAAGACAUGCAGGUGCCAACUGAAGCAGUCCUUGGCGUAACAGUUACCAACCAGCAAAAACCUAGAGUAGGAAGUGCCAAAACUAUUCUCCGAGACCCCAAUCGUCCAGUGACUGCCAAUGAAGAAAUUGGAAGGAGAGGGUCUGCCAAGACCGUUCGCUUUAAGGAUUUCAGCUCAGAGGCUGACACAAAAGCUGGAGGUGAUAUGCUUGUACAGCAAGUGACCUCCUCUCUGGUUAUUGAACAGUCAGAGGUCACUAGCCCUCAAGGUCUAAGUCACAGUGACACUGCCCAGUCUAGUAAUGAAAAAUAUGACAGUAAGGUUUCAGAACAAGGAGAUGUAAUAAAAGAAAAAGACCAAGGUCAGAAAAAUGAUGUAAACACAGGAGCAGAACACAGUGUGCCAAACAGUGAGACAACCACCGAUUCACAGGGAGUCGCUGGUAUUGAAAGUUUAAAGGAAGUAGCAGUGGAGGAAAAGUCAGAAACAGAUGACAAGAAAUCCUCGGGGAAAGUCAGUUGUAAAGAUGAUGUGGUAGAUGAGAGUGUCAAGAAAGACAGGGAUGAUGAUAAUGAUGAUGACUUAAGUCAUUACCCUAGUAACCAAAAUGAUGGUAAAAGUUCCACAUGUAGGACACAAGCACCUGCUUUUGGUGGUAACAACAGUAUUACUGAUCAAGUAAAUGGAGGCACUGAUACGAAAGGCGGUGGUAACAGUGACUGUGACAGUAAAGGAAAACAAAAUACUGAUAACCAAAGAAAAGAAAGUGGGUCAGAGCUAAGUGGGAAGAUUGAUGAAAGCGAAAAGCAAAAUCCAAAUGUGAUAACCCAAGAACAGUUUCAGUCCUACAUAAGAGGGCAUGCGGAAAUGGCCCUGCAGUUCUCGCAGUUUUUGAUUGAUAAAAAUCACUAUCAAAAAUUCACCAGGAGGCCAAACAGUGCUUCGAUGAAUGUGAGAUCUAGACCUAGUAGUGGGAAAAAGGACAGUUUAAGAAAAAGACCUUUAUCAGCUGGUGCCAACAAAUGUAAUUCAUCCAGUCAGAAUCAAGGAAGAGCUUCCCCAAGGAGAACACAGAGGCCUGGAUCAUCUUCAUCAGCAGGCAAGCGUCCUGGAAGUCGAAUUGGUUUUACUUCCCCGGAUAGACCAAGAAGUCCUGAAAAAGAUCAGAGGUGGGUUUCAACCUCAAAAAGCCAGAAAUCAAGUCCAAGAAAAGUUGAUAGUCUUAAACCCACAGUUUCAAAGCCUCCCACAGGAGCAGAAAACAAGCAGCUGAAAACAGGCAGAAGAAGCAGAACACGUUGUCAACAAAAGAAGCUAUCACCUAAAAAGGAGAACUUGCAUCUGAAACAGGGGGAUAUAUUUCUGCACAGUUCAAGGGUUUCUGAUCCAAUGUCCAACUCUAGAACUGGUCAUGGCACCAGGGAGUCAAGCCGAGCUAACCUUCAUAUAGACCUCAGCAACAUUGAUGAUGAAGGCUGUGGCAGAGCCUAUACUAUGGAUCAUGAGACAUAUGAGGGGACCUGUGGUAUAUGUGGCCUUGAAGCUGACAUGUGCAUAUGCCCAAACAGUACUUUAAAGUCAAACCAUGGAGAAAUUGCCAAAGCUGCUCACGAUGAAAUUCUGGAAGACUUUGAUGAUGAUGAACUGGGGAUCUAUGAGGACAGCGGUGAAUCGGAUGCGGAGUCGGAAAAUGUUGAUACAAUAUUAACGUUAGAGGAAAUGGAAAAUUCCCUAUCACAGGUCCAGUUGGAUAUCAACAGAAAGUGUGUAGGGUUAGAGAAAAUGAACAGAAUUAUUGAGUCAUCCUUUUCUAUGGGAGAAUAUGAUAUUGAAGGAAUGGAAGACCCAGACAUGUUGAAGCUUGAUAUUGAUUCUGUUAUUAAGGAAAUGGCACCUGAGGUGAUCUCAGGAGGUGCUGCCUCCUAUAGGGAAGAUACUGAGAGAUUCUGGAUGUCUACUGAUUGCAAGAGGCUUCUGGCAUCAUACAGGUACAAGUGCAUGACAGGUGGCACAGAUUGUGCUGAGAUGAGCAGCAGCCUUGUCGUCCCCAACUCCAACAGACAUAAUGAUGGUGCUGAAGACACAGUCGUUUUUCUUAGCAGCAGGAAACAAGAUGGGAUUACUGAAGAAAAAGUCUUGUAUUCCUCAAGACAAGAAAAGCAGAUGGAUACCAUUGAUUUAGUUGCCAGGGAAACGGCUAUGAGAAAUCAAGGGUCUGCUGAGACUUCAAUCCAUGAAAGGAAGACUUCUCAAUCUGAUCAGCCUAAAAGCUGUCAAUCAUUGGCUUGGAACCAAUCGUGUGAUAAUGUCAGUGACAGUGGGUGUGGCUCAGAGGUGGAGCAAAGCUUGCUUGAUGAUUAUGAAGGGCUGAGCAGAGGAGGCAGUGCAGCUGAUUCAGUAGUUGAUAAAGAUGAUGCUGAAUCAAAAAACAAGGUUUCCACACCAGCUGAAGAAGACAGCCGCCCAGAUGUGACAGGCUUGAAGGUGAUAGCCACAACCAAGACACUCUCUGCUCCUUCUAGGUGUGAUAAAAAUUUGGAAGAUGACCAUACCCCUGUGGCUCCAUACCCACCCAUCUGUUUCCGAAUCAAUGCCAAGCCACCAGAGGGACACAUGUACUACUUUGCCUAUGGCACAGACAUGAAUCCAAACAGAUUUGGAACUUAUAUUAGGAAAAAGGCCUGCACUAGACUAUGGGGACUCUUGUUUGGAUUCCAGCUCAAGUUUAACAAGAGAGGUGCUGAUAUUGAAGCUGGAGGCUUUCCCAAUAUAGAGUUCAAUCCGUUCUCCUCAGUGGAGGGUGUAGUGUAUACUAUUACACAGUCAGAGCUGGCCUUGCUGGACCAGUGUACUGGCUAUCCUGAGCACUAUGAACAUGUGAUGGUCCCAGUGUGGAUGUGUAACAGCUCAGAUCCCAGCACCCUGGGAGUGGCACAAUAUUGUGUGCCUGCUGUCACCUAUGUAGCACAAGACAAGUGGAUCACCAGAGAGGACUACCCUCUAGAGUUUGAAUACAACCUUCACCAGUGCUUAAAGAGCUGUGACAUGUUGUCUCCAGCUUACAAGCAGCACCUGUUCCAAAUGCAGGGCUCUGCUCAGGUUUGGUGACAGGUGGAAUUGUCAACAGAAAUUCUUCAAAUGGGGACCAAGAUUUUAAUGGAGCUUUUUCAGAGACCUGGCAGUCAAAAGGAAUGACUGACAACUUGCUGUUGAUCCUUGUGACUGACUCAGGUCAGUAUUAUAGAGGCUAUACCAAAUGAGGCUAAGGUCCAGCAGCUCUCAGUGAGGACCAGUAUCUUUCAGUGAGAACCGGUAGCUUUCAGCGAAGACUGGUAGCUUUGAGCAAGGACUGGUAACUCUCAGUGAGAACAAAUAACUUUUAGUGAGGUCCAACAGCUUUCUGGAUGCUGUCUUGCAAAGAACAUGAAUAAGAAUCACUUUGUUUUGCAAAUCUAGUUCUAGCAUAUUUUUGUUUUAUUGAGCCAUGAACAUUGCUUGGGGACGUGUGGCAGCUAGGAACAAUGAAGAUACAUCUGUUAUGUUUGCCUGAUGGGCAACUAUUUUUUCUACUUUUUACAGGGUUGUGAGGCAUAAUUUUUAAUUUUCCUAGAAGGAAAAAGGUGAGCUUUGCCAUUUGAAGGAUUUUUUUUGUACAAGCUUACAAUAGUCAAUUCCAUUUAAUGUAUAUUUAAGAGUCAGUCGAUUUUUUAUGCAGAUUUUAAAUGCUGUGAUAACUGAUUUAUGAUGUACUUGCUUUUGCUGGUAACAUUUUAUGAGUGAAUGAUUUCAAUAUUUUGAGGUACCAUUUAGUAUUAAUGCAAUCUCAGAAAUGCCUUUAGUGACCUGGAUUAGAUUUAUACAAUUAUAUUGAUACUACAGUAAUUGCAAAAUAAUCCGUCCAUUUUUAUAUAACCUCAGUGUGAUAUCAAAGAAUUAAAACUUGUAUUUUUCAUAUAUUAUUUCAUGUACAUUCUAGCCAGUCCAUGACACAAAUUGAAGCACUACGCACAUUAAAUUUUGAGUUUUGUUGUGAUCAUCAGCAAAAAUUAAUAUUUUGCUGUUUUUAUUGAGACAUGUACUAAUUCUGAUAGUAUUUUUGGUGAAUUAUGAUAAUCUUAUUUGAAGUGUUUUGCACAUUUUGUUUAAAACAAAAAUAUAGAUUAUUUGGCAUAAUACCUUCAAACUUGACUGUUAAGCAAAUGAAAUAUUACAAAACAGUGAUAGAAUUAUUGUAGUGAAUUUGUAAGAAUUUUUUCUUUUACAAGUGAUUUAACUACAGUCUGCAAGGGAGCACAGAAAAAUCUUAAAAUGAUUUUUUAUACAUGAAACAUUUACUUUUCAACUUUCCUAUAUUACAUUUUCCAUGGCAAAGAGUAAAUAAAAAUCAGCCGAUAAUUUA